CUCUGACUAAAGCUCAAGUCUGAUCUCAGCAUGCAGUGUCCUGGGAAAGCCCUGAAGGAAGCACUGCUGUGUGCCCAGAGUGAAGAGCGCCUCAUUAUGGGAGUGUACGAGAGCGCCCAAGUCAUGAACGAAGACCCGGACAGUGUCGCCUUCUGCGUCCUGGCUAUGGACGAGCAGUUCCAGUGGGACGUGGCUCUGCAGAUCCACUUCACUCUCAUCCAGUCCUUCUGCUUCGACAACGACAUCAGCAUCGUGCGCGUGAGCGACCGCCAGCGUCUGCACGAGCUGGUGGGGCGCAAAGAGGAGGAGGCGCACUGCGUCCUGAUCACGGGGCCGUGCGAGGGCUCCUGGGACGACCCGUCUCUGGAGAAGCUGCGUGUGUUCUGUGAGGAGAGCCGCGCCCUCAACGACUGGCUGCCCGAGAUCAGCCUGCCCGCGCGCUGAGCUCUAACCCUGAUGCCCUACCCUGGUCUACAGGCUGUUUAUCUCUGCUCCUGAUAUCAUCAGGAUGUCUGCUCAUACUCCUCUGAGGAGGACGCCCCACGCACGCACGGCGCCCGGUCCGAGCUCGUGCACGUGGCCUCGUGCACGCGCGCGCCACACGCCCCGGUUCUUUCUGUGAGCCGGGCGGCG